GUGUUAUACAAAGGAGAUAGUCACCAUUACAUGUAUUGAUUACCUGUAACGUGGGCGAUAUAUUUCAUAGACUUCUUGACACUGAAGAAAAUAUUUUCUGCAGACAUUAUUUUAAGAUGAAUGGAAAUAUGAAAAAAUAAAAUAAAUAUAAUGAUGAAGUUCAUAUAAAUAGAUUAAUUACAUUUUAAAUCCCAGCAUAUAGUGGACAUGAAAUCAGUUAAUGAUUUAAAAAGUUGAAUUGCUUAUUGGAAUCCCAUUAUUCACUUGUCAUAAGACUUGAAAGGAAUGAUGAAUUCAACUUGCUUGAUCCCGAGUGCUAUUUACAGCUCAGUAAACACCAACAACACUAGUCCUUUAGUGGCGCAUGCAGUUACCAAUAUACUUCAUGUACUGAUAGGAUUGCUAGGCACUGUUGGGAAUGGAUUAUCAGUUCUGGGAUUAUCAAAGAUACGACCAAGUACGACCCAUGUUAUUGUGCUAAAGUACCUAGCCAUUGCCGAUAUAAGUUACCUGUUCACCGUUAUAUUCCUGGCUAUCAUCAACUUGUUAACUCAUGUACGUUUUUAUCCUCUUCAAAUUUACAUAAACAAUGGAUUGAUACAGAUAUUACCAACAUUAUUUUUGUUGGUAUCAUCAACCCAAAUAUGGGCAACGUGGAUGAUUGUACUGGUAACAGUGGAUAGAUAUAUAUAUGUGUGUAAACCACACAAUGCUUUGCAGAUUUUCAAUAAAACAACAGCUCAUGUUUGCGCUGUUUUACUGGCCAUGGCUGCUUUUGUAUUCAGCAUUCCUCGUAUCUUUGAAGUCAAGGCCGAGAAGCAGGGAUGGUUCUUAAACAAUAGAACAUGUGAUGAUGUAUUUGGCCUUAAUGGAACGGCUUUAUACAACUCAAAAGACUACAAACUGUUUUAUGAUGUAAUCCUAAACACUACUUUCAGACUAAUGGGGCCUGUAAUUGUUACUAUGGGACUCAAUAUUCGCCUGAUUCAAUCCGUACGUAAAUCAGCUAAGGCAGUGUCAUCCCUUACGCAUCAUCAGAGAAGGGAGAGACAUUUUACAUUUCAGAUGAUAGGAAUCGUGUCCGUUUUUAUUAUAUCAUCACUAGUCUGGACUGUUGCUUGUCUUUCAUAUCUUAUACGUGAUGAUGACAAAGUGCGAAGUACCUACCUAAACUUAAUUGGUAAUUUAAUAUUAACAUGCAACUCAUCUAUUAAUUUCCUGUUUUACUUUUUCAUAGGAAAGGAUUUUCGACAGGCAUUAUGUAAAUUUCUUCGACGCAGAAAAUGUAAAAGGGAAUCGUUUAGUCGAAACACUAGUAUAUUAUAACUUGGAAAACAAACUAGAGUUGACAAGGUAGGACGUCAUGACAUAUACUUUUGACAACCUACGUUAUUCUCUUCGCAAUACAAGGUUGUUGUAAUUUGUGAAGUUUGUCGAGUUCUGAAGCUUUGUACUCGAAAUUGGAAUCUGUGAUUUAUGUUCUUAUUUUCAGGUUUAUCACCAUAGACAGCAAGUAAUUUAUACAGUAUUCUCUUUUUAUUUUCAAUCAUUCAUAAGAGCUUCAAAAGACAAAACAGAUGGGUUUGAUAUUUUGCAACUUAAUAUAUGAUUGUUAAUCCUACAAAGUUUAGGAGGGAUCCGGUGAGCCUAUUGUGGGAUCCACAGCCUGUACUAUCCUUUAGAAUAGAGGUAAACCUAAAAUUGAAAUUGAACCAGUAAAAUCAAUUACAGAGAUCAAUUGACCAUGAGUUUAUUGGGAAGGUAAGACAAUGCCUGAUGAGUAUGAUUGUAAAGAGCAAACAAAAUAUUCUCUCCCAAAUAAUGCAAGUGUCAUCAUUGGUAUGAUAAUUUCGAUGUAAAGAUUAGAAAAGAGUAAGAAAAAGGAAUUAUGUAAACAGUAAUUUAUUCAGUCAUUAGUGUUCAAUAUAAAAAGGAGAACCACUCAGAAAAUAGUUUACUUUGAAACUUUACACAGGGGAGAAUUAGUAGGUCCAUCCUUAGGUAAUAAUUUAUUUCUCAACAUGCACUGAUUUCCUUGGAGAAUGCGCUGGUUAUUGGAACAUGUUUUGUGCUUUGAUAAAUCAAAGUCUCUCACUAGCUUUAGACUAUGAGUAAAUCUCCCAGUCUGCUAGUUUAUUUGACAUUAGGCUUGUUUUACCAGACUAAGUUUUUGGCCUGGGCCCCAGAAGAGUUAAUAGAUCA